GUGAUACCACAACAAGCCCCAAACGUUCCCAGAUGGCCUAGAUUUCCAUGUCGUAACUUAUCCCAAGAAACAUAUCUACAUGAUUGGUAACUGACAGCCUGGUUACAUAGUCACAAUUUCGUGUCUCCAUGCCAAGCCUGGUUCUCGCAGAUCGAGACACGAUCUUGUAUAUCUUCCAAUCACUUUAGCUAGUUCCCCAUCUGAUAUCCAAUCAUAUCUACAAAGUCUAGACAUAGUCUUGAGUUACCUACAUCAUCUCGAACGGGUCUCACCUGAUACUGCUCAUACACCAUUGAUGAGCAGCAUGUUGGCUUGAUAAGUGUCCCCAAACCCCCACAAUCCAGGUCUUGAUCGAAGGCCCUUAACCAAUUUUUCCAUAUAGUUCCUAUAUAUCCUACUUUUAACUGUCUUCCUUCUCCUUCGUCCUCUUCCUCUGGAAACCUAUUUUUUGAUCUAGCUAUAUUUCCUUGCAGUACUGGACAUCUCAACUCUGCACGAGACGUUCUCAAAAGUCGACACCAUGCUCGUCGAUCCAGUUAUGCCUCAGUAUACAAAGCUGAGCAGCUUGCUCCCAACUGCAACUGCCCAUCCAUCCGUGGGUCCGAUUCCCACAGUUAUCCCAGACUUGCCUGUUUACCAAGAGCUUGGCCAUGCUGGACAUGUUGCUCUGUGGGUAGGCUUCAUUAUUAUGCUCCUAUCCACUCUCGCCUUUAUUAGCAUGGCGUGGCGUGUCCCAGUGGAAAAGCGUGUGUUCCAUAUUAUAGCGACCUUCAUUGCGGCAUUCGCCACUAUCUCAUACUUUGGUAUGGCUACUGGAGGAGGAAAUUCGUUCGUGCAUAUGGUAGCCUCGAAUUGCCACAAACACACCGACCCAGUACAAGAUGUUGAUGUCUUCCGGCAACUAUUUUGGGCCAGAUAUGUCGACUGGCUCCUUACGACCCCUUUGAUACUUCUCAGCCUUGCACUACUUGCUGGACUUAAUGGCGCCGAUAUCCUCGUCACCCUCGUGGCAGAUGCCGCCAUGAUCCUCACCGGCCUUUUCGCAGCUCUCGGCGAGACCAAGGGACAGCGUUGGGGGUUCUAUAUCAUUGCGUGGUUGGCGUACCUCGUCGUGGUCUAUCAACUCGUCAUUGGAGGCCGACGUAACGCAUCCCAGAGAGGUAGUGGAACCGCCAGGUUUUUCGGUGCCGUUGGAGGAUUCAUUCUUGUUCUCUGGACAAUUUAUCCAAUUAUAUGGGCUCUCGGAGCUGGAAAGGGUAAAUUGUCAGUUGACUGCGAGAUUAUUUGGUACGUUGUGCUUGAUGCGUUGGCCAAGCCAGUGUUUGCUUUGUGGCUCCUGUCCACCCAUGCUCGAACCGCCCCGACCAUUGGGGGAUUCUGGAGCCAUGGCCUAAACAAUGAGGGCGCUCUACGUCUUGAUGAUGACGAGGCUGCUUAAAUGGUAUUCCUCGAGAAACCCAAUAUUAAUAGUUCAUAAUUAUUGGCCGGCGGAUUGGACAUGGGUAUGAAGAGAGCAUGAACGUUUGGCGCAGUUAUCUGGAACUCUUUAGCAAAAUACUGGCCUUGACAACAGGAUAUUUCUAUACAAAAACUAGCUGCUUCAUAUUAAUCAAAUGCAUAUUUUUU